CGAAACAACAAAAAUGACAACAUCCAGCACCUCCUCGGGACAACACCUAUUCUCAAGUGCGCAACAAAACUACGCAGAGACCUUUAGGCUAAGCAAAGCAGAGCAGGUCGCGAAAAAACCAGAGAAUGAUCAGAACAGGGAGAGAGCUUUUGCUUGGACUUCUUCUGGUUUGUGUCCUCUCUUCUUCUGUUGCUGAGGGAUGUAAUAUCACAAAAGAUUGCUGUGAGAGGAAACUUAACGUCACUGAGUGUUCUAAUGCCUUCUCUGCAAAGGUCAAUAGUUCUGCAGCCACCAUAAAGGAGGGUGAUGACGUAACUCUAGAAUGCUCCCACAACAUCCCUGCUCUGAACCUGACCUAUCAAUGGUUCAAGGACAACAAAAAUAUUGAUGGCAAUAACAAAACAAUUAUUUUGAAACGUGUCCUUUCAAGCAGCAAUGGCAAAUAUAAAUGCGGUGUGAUGACCUCAUGUGGCAACUGUGAAUCUGAUGCAUUUGAUGUCAAUGUACAGAACGACUCAAUGGUUAUCUUAAUUGUCUGUGGAGUUUCAGCUUUGGCCCUUGUCCUAGUAAUGGGGGUGGGUAUGAAGAUUAAACUUAAAAUGGACAAAGCUCAACACCAGGAGAGGAUGAAGCAAAGGGCAGAGCAGAGGGCACAAGAUGCACAGAAUGCUGGUCCAACGUCAAUUCCCCGAGGAUACUGAAGAAAAUGGCCUAUUGCGCAUAACUGUGAUGGAUUCUAAGCUUCCUGUCCUAAUGUAUUUCUACUAUUUCCUUUUGUAAAUAAAAAGUCUCCAGUUUCA